UAGAGUGCCCGCGGGCACUGAUUUUAAUAGUUUUGAGGUAGAUGAUCCUAUAAAAAUUAAUGUACAUUAUACAUGAAACCAACAGCUAUAAACAACUAUAGUUAUUUACUCAUUUAUUAUCAUAUUAAAUAUUUUUUUUACCCCUUGUUUUAAAAUUUAAUAUCGUUUUGAAUUAAGAUAUACUAUUUAAUUCAAUUGUUUUUAUACCCUGAUCCGAUAUUAACGUAAAUGUUUCAUUAUGUUCGAAAAAGUAUAUGAAUAACAUAGAAGAAUAUUUUUAUAGACAAAAAAAGUUUAUACAAGAAAAAGAUCAUAAUAAAUAGCUUCAAAAAUCGUAUGAUCACAUCAUGGGUUUAAAUUGCCGAAAUUGAUGCCUCGAAAACGUCAUUUCGAAGCAAGAGAUUUUUUAAUGAAAAUGACACACAUGCUCAGACAGAAUCUGUCAGUUGAAAUGGAGCAGCAGUUUGUUAAUAAUAUAUAUUCUUGUAAUUUACAAAUGUAUACUUCACCACCAUGUGGAUAUAUUAAAAGACUUUGUAUCUUAAUAAAGAUCAAAUUUUAUUUUAUAGUUCUAAAAUUAAUAGAGCAGAUAACAAAGCAAAACUAUGACAAAUCAUCCAAAGACUGUGUAAAUAUUUUAAUUAAUGAAUUGGAAAAUAAUGGUAUUUAUGAUUUUGCGAAUCUUAUACGUACACAUACUGACAAUACUCAAAUAGAAAGAGAACAGUACUUGAUAAGAAACGAUUGUAUCUCACAUUUCAUGUUAAGAUCUGCAUUUUCAUUUGAACAUGAUAAGUGGCAAUGGUUCUUCAAACAAGAAGUAAGAUUAUUCAAAUGGAGAGUUUCCGUAUUAGAUAAAGAUGACAUCUACAAAUUUAUUAAUAUCAAUAGACUUCGAUUAUCUACUGUAUGUCAAGAAGAAAAAGAGAAGAUUAAAGAAGAUUUACAAAUGUGUUAUAAUGAAAUCGAAAAUAUUGAUGACUUAAUCUUUUAUAAAAGACAUUUUACUGGUCUUAUAAAUCCAGUUAAGAAACGACAAGUAUUUUUAAAAGAUGGUAUUGCUUAUGUACCAGAAACAAACAUAUCGUGGUUUCUUUUUCCUGAAUUUAAAAAAGUAUUACACAAUGGUUUUGCUUAUGCUCGAGAAAUUGCAUCAAAUGCUUAUGGGGAUGAAAGGAUAACACAAAUUCUAAGUAUAGUUUCAAAGCGUAUUAAUAUCAAAAGAUUCCAUCAUAAUGAACACAGAAAGGUGUUUAUUAAUGAACUAGAUGAGCUAUCAAGAACAUCUUAUCCUUUAUGUAUGAGAUUACUUCAUACAACGUUAAAAGAAAAACAUCACCUCACAAACGGUGGAAGAAUUCAAUAUACUUUGUUUCUUAAAGGCAUAGGAUUAAGUUGGAAAGAUACUUUACAGUUUUGGAAAGAUGAAUUUAUCAAAAAAAUUAAUGAGAAAACUUUCGAAAAAAAGUAUGAAUACCACAUAUUACAUUUGUAUGGGGAAGUAGGAAAAUGUGCAAAUUAUGUACCUUUUCCUUGUUUUAAGAUAUUAAAUUCUACAGUUGGCUUAAGAGACAAUCACGGUUGCCCAUAUAAAUGUAUGCAAUUACAUGUACUUAAGAAUGUACUUUCUACAUAUGGAUUGGUUCGACCAGAAUAUUAUAACUGUUCAGACAUAGCCUCAAUAGUAGAACUUGCAAAAGAAGGAUGUUAUCUUGAUGCGUGUAAAAGAUAUUAUGAAAUUACUCACAACUGUGUAACAGAGAAGUGUUUUGAGCAUCCAAAUGCAUACUUCACACAUAGUCUUAAAUAUCUCGAAUCUCUGUGUUCAGGUACAUUUUAUUAUUGUUUUUUGUGCUAAACAUUUGAAUAAAAUAUUUACUAUUUUCUUGAUAAAUUUGAAAUUGAAUAACUUAAUGCUAAUUACUUUUAGACACAGAAGACUAAAAUUAAAUACCUGGUUUGCCAAUGGUUUCCAAAAAUGGAAUUAUCAGGCUAAUUGAAAGUGUCAUAUAAAAUAUAUUCUGUAAGAAAUUUAUUAUAUAUUAUUCUAUACUUAUUUUUGUAAAAUAACUUAAUUUAAAAAUAUGUAUCUUUCGCAAUGGAUUUAAAAAAAAAGAAAUUAAUAGUUACAAUUACUACAAAUUACUUAACAAAAUAUAGUUGAUUUAGUUUUUAUUUUGAUUUUUACUAUAUAUAUUAAAGAUUAAACAGAUAAAUAUUUUUGAAGUUUUAUGUAUUACAUUAAUUCUUAUAAACUCAAUUAUAUAUUAUUAAAUGCUUUUAUUUAUAUUUUUCCACAGCCUCGUCUAUGACUUUAUUAAGUUUACGAUUUUGCCAAUCAAGAGAAAUGUUGUCAAGAUGAUUGUCAAAAUCUACAAGAUUCUUAUGUUGCCCCGCUUUCAACAAAGAAUAGAGAGCAUCUGUAUGAAUUGCUCCUUUAUCAUAUGCUAUACUGCAAGAAUAAAAAUGAAACUUUAUUUUUAUACAAGUAAUAAAUAAAUUAAAAAAUAUAAAAAUAUAAAAUUUACUCUAUUAUGUCUUUGAGUUUCCAUUUACCAUCCACAUACUGCGAGACUCUUAAAGGACUUGAAUUCAGACCAAGUGUGAUGAUUUCCUUAUUGUCUAUCUAAUAACAAAAAAUAAAUAAUCAACAGAAUUGAAAAAAAAUUUAAUCUUAUAAUAUUUACCACAACAAGUAGGCCAUUCCCAUAAUUAUCUACAAUUUUGUCUGCGAUUCUAUGAGCAGGUUUAUCUGCACUAUAUUGAAAAGACAUAUUUAAUAAUUAACAACAUCAAUGAAAAAUAAUACUUAAAAUUUUUCAAGAGAAAAAUUUCAAAUAAAUAAAUGUUGAAUUACCUUACAUCAUUUAUAUUUUCAUUUGCAA